AGGUAGCGCAGCAAAAGCAAGAGCUACAGGUUGAGGCUAUGAAGCACACCGUGCUCAUGCGUCUUGCCACUCUCCUUUGCAUGGUCACACCUUGCAGCGCAGCGCCCUAUGCAAAAAUGCCACUGCUGAUGCCAUCUGCACGUUUCGAACUACGAGAUGGCCACAGCAUGCCUGUCGUGGGGUUAGGCGUUUACAUGUCGAAGCCAGGAAAGGAGACAUACGAUGCAGUGAAAUGGGCCUUGGAAGCUGGCUACCGCAUGAUCGACACUGCGGCCAUCUAUCAAAAUGAAGAUAGUGUGGGGGAAGCUAUUGCGGAUAGCGGCGUUCCUCGAAAUGACAUAUUCUUGACGACCAAGCUGUGGGAUGCCGACCACGGCUAUGAUGCCGCUGUCAAAGCGCUGGAAACAAGCCUUAGCAAGUUGAAGGUGGAUUAUUUGGAUUUGUACCUUAUCCACUCUCCAAACACAGGAAAGAUUGUGAAAACUUGGGAUGCCCUCAUUCAUAUGCAGAAGCUGGGAAAGCUCAGAUCUAUUGGGGUGUCCAAUUUUGGAAUUCCACACUUGGAAGCAUUGAAGAAGUAUGGACGGCCAAUGCCCGCAGUGAAUCAGAUUGAGAUGCAUCCCAUGAACUAUCAGGAGAGGGUGCCUGUGCUUGACUUUUGCAAUCUCAAUGGCGUCCAGGUGCAGGCAUAUGGUUCCAUGUUCUUCGGAAGACCUGAGUUCCUUGAACGACCUGAAGUCACAAGUGUGGUUAGGGCACAUGGUGCCACCAGCUCGCAGGUGCUUCUACGAUGGGCUCUGCAGAUGGGUUUUCAGAUCAUUCCAAAGAGCGUGAAAAAUCUCGCGCCGUCGGGUGACUCACUUGAUGAACCCAUCUAUCUGGAAAAGCUUUUGCCGUGGAUUCGCACCGCAUCGAAGAAAACCUGAAGGUCUUUGAUAUAGAGCUCACACAGAUGGAAAUGGAUUCACUGAGUUCCAUGAAAGGAAAAUUAGAUCAGUAUUGGCAGCCCCUUGGGGCCCCGGUGGACGUGGGCGACACCUCCAGAGGCAAAACUGAGCUGUGAACUUGGACCGGAUUCCAUCAACGGGUUUGCUGCAAAGUGAUGAAAAAGUGCAAUCAAUGCCUCACACUGCCCGUUGCACCACCAUGGUGUUGCAGUACUAGACUCUCAGAGUGCUUGUGUAUGCUCCGACAUAUGUUGAAAGACAUUGUUGACAUAUAUGUAAGAACAACUUGAUUGAUCCCAGGCCGAAACUCUCCGAAAAGAAUUUGA